CAAACAAUCUCAUCUCCUUCCUUUCCUCUUUUCUCUCCUUCUUGUGAAAACCCUAAUCUCUUUCUCUCAUCUCUAUACCUCUCUUUAUUGUCUCCUCUGUUUCUCCGAUGAUCAGAUAUGAUAAAGUAACUUCAAAAACCGCUUGAAUUCACGUUAUUAGAAAAUAUAGGUUUCAGUUCAUCGAUUCUGGUCGGGAGAGAGAUUUGUCUGAAAAAAAUGGCUACAAAUGGUUGCGAUGUGAAUCAGCUUGAUUCCGAUUUGCUUCUGCCUCCACGGAAGCGAUUACUCGCCGGAUUCAAGAAACAGAACAGCAAUGGGUCCUCCUCUCCGAGUCCUCCUCUUCCUUCUUCCUCUUCUACUUCAUAUUCCAACGGCUCCUCCUCUGCUUCCAUCGUUGUGCAGACCCAUCUAGACAAUCUGUUGACUUCCCAACUCAACGACGACCAGAGUCGGUCUCCGGAGGAGCUAAAAGCAGCCGCUGCUUUAGCGGUAAAGAUCGCAAAGGCGGCCAGAGCCGCAGCUAAUGAGAAAGCCAUUAUUGCUUCAAAGGCAGUAGCUGCAGCCAAGAGUGCGUUGCAACUGUUCGCUUCUUUUCCGGCUGAGACCGUGAAAGAGAGGUCUCCUAGGAAGAAUAAGCAGAAGAAACAUGUCCCUGUUCAUGUUUUGUAUUCGAAAGAUGAGGAUUUAGUGCAUAGGUUGGAUCGAGCUAUAAACAACUCCCCUAGGGUCUUGACCGGGCAUAGAAACAAGAAGCUAAAGAGUGUAGCUACCUAUGAGAAUAGGACAGUGACUAGUAGUACUAUGUACGAUGGGCAUGAUGUUGCGGGUGUUGUGGAUUCAGACACCUCCACUGACGAUGAAGUAGACAGAAUUAGAGUGAACGGGAAGGUGAAAACAAGGGAAGAGAGUAGCUCAUUGGGGAAAAGAAGAGGAAGAGUGAAGCUAAAGAAGUUAGAUUUGAGCAUUUGUGCCUCUAAGGAUCAAGAAAACGGAACCAUCACCAACUCUCUGGCUCAGACGGGAGAUUCUAAUGGUGGUGUGGCUCAGGUGAGAUCAUAGCUGGGCUAUCAUGAGAGUGUUAGGAUCUAAAGUUAGAGCAAUGUAUGUGUGUGAGCAGAAAACAAAGUUGUGUACGUUCAUAUCAACUCUUUUACCUAAAAGAGGUAAAGAAAAGUGCAGAUUCAGUAGCAUUGCCAUAUUCAGUAGAAUCCGGAUGUUGUUUUUCGUUUUCAUUGUUCUGCUUUUUUGGGUAAUGUGUUUGGAUUUAUGUUGCUUGUAUAGUAUUUGCUAGAUACAUAGUAGAUUUUAUAUAGUAUAUGCUGGUUGUUAAAUCAUUGCGAGUGUUUGUUGAACCAAUGACUAUUUAUUGGGAUUUGUAGCUGAGAGUCGAAUUUAAUAAAAGUGAUAGUCU